AUGGAAAGAAAUGAUUUAGUUCUACCUGGACCGCAAGCAAUUACCCCUGUAAGUAGGCCCUUGCCUAUGGUAUUAAUUGGCGAUGAAGCCUUUGGAUUACAUAAACAUUUGCUGCGACCAUACAGCGGCAAGCAAUUAACAAUGAAAAAACGUGUUUUUAACUAUAGAUUAUCACGAGCACGAAGAUAUGUAGAAUGUUCCUUUGGAAUUUGGACUAACAAAUGGCGAAUAUUGCAUAGGCCAAUUAACAUGUCAGUUGAAUUUGCAACAGACAUAGUGAAAGCAUGUGUCGUAUUACAUAAUAUAGUACGCAAGCGAGAUGGCUAUAAAUUUGAUGACACUUUAUCGAUAACUUCAAAUUUGUUACGAAUGCAUUCCUUUGAUCAAAGUCAUGACGGGAUUCGAGCAUAUUCCAUUAGAAAUGAAUUUGCCGACAAUUUUGUGAGCCCUGAAGGUGAAUUAUUGUGGCAGUACAAUAAAGCGUGA